AUGGAACCCUCUGACGAACACGAAAUCCACAGUGACGGCAGCGAAGAGAGCGACGAUGCCACUGCGCCCAAAGCUCGAACUGUCCGGUCCAGUCGAGCAUGUAUAACCUGCAGACGGAUGAAAACAAGAUGCGAGAUCGACGAAGCACUGGGCAAUGCCUGCAAAUUGUGCAUACGAGCCCGUCGACAAUGUAUCAUGCAGGAUGUACCGCGACGAAGGAAAAGAAGGACCACCGACCGAGUUGCCGAUCUGGAGCAGAAAAUCAAUGUUUUGACUGCGCUUCUGACUUCUAAUGAGACAACCAGUCCUGAAGAUCAUAAGAAACUAGCCAGUGUCCGUGACACUUUGACCGGAACCUCAACAAACGACCCGCAGACAUCAGCCGAACCCGACAAGUCCCUCAUUACGGAUGCCUUAUCUCGCGGUUUGCUCGACUGGGAUACUGCCCGCAAGGCUUUUGACCGAUAUAAGAAUGAAAUGUGUCGGUACUUCCCAUUUGUGGUCUUUGGGUCUGAUGUCGAUGCCGAGACAGUCAAACAGCAACAGCCACUCUUGUUUUUCGCUGUGAUUACAGUUGGCCUUGGUUCGAUGCAUACCACAGUGGAUGCAGAGCUAUGCGACAUGCUCAUCAAAGAUCUAGCCCUGCGUGUCGUGUACAACGGUGAACGAUCUCUAGAGCUUGUUCAGACUCUAAUCGUUCAUAUCGUGUUCUACAGCAGGGCCAAAAAUAUGCGAGAUCUCAAUUUCAACCAGAUGGUGCAUAUUGCCAGCACAAUGGCGCUUGACAUCGGUUUAGGCCGACGGCCCCAUAAAUCAACGUUGAAGCAAAGAACAGAUCCUCAUCAACUAGAAUCCCUCGCAGGCCGAAGGGCAUGGUUGGGCUGCUAUUAUAUGGGCACGAGUGUCUCAAUGUCACUUCGCCACCCCGCCUUCGUCCGCUGGUCCGUGUACACCGAGGAAUGCCUGGAUGUCCUCUCUGCUGAGGAGCGUGUCUUACCAAGCGACAUGUGGCUGUGCGACUUGAUACGUAUUCAACGCAUUGCAGAAGAUGCCUCAGUCACAUUUUCCAUGGACGACCCGGGUGCAAUUGUGACACUCCGCGACGUCAAGAUUCAGUAUCAGAUACGAGCCUUUCGUCAACAAUUGGACUACUGGCGUCGCCAUGCCAAAACAGAUUUGAGCCUGCACUACGUCCGCCAUGUUGCCGCGUAUACCGAUCUCUUCAUCCACGAAAUCGCCCUGCAUCCGGAACAUGACAUUGACGACCUACGUUCACCACUCCGGGCGGCGCCUCCGCUCCCUAUUCCAGCAGUCGAGAGUAUGACAUCAAAAUUCAAAGACCUACAUUUCAUCCCCGCUAGAGUCGAAGCAUUGUUUGCCUGCCUUGCUGCAAUUCACGAAUGCUUUGACGCAUUUCUCUCCAUGGACUUGGCUAUCCUUUGCAGCUUGCCCAACGUUUUCUUUGUUCGCACAGGUUACGCAGCUCGAGCACUUCGCAAAUUACUCAGUAUAUGUGAUAGCCAGGCAGAGUUCGAAGGGAGGUCCCAUAUCGACGUUCGAGAUUUGAAAUUUGAAGAGUACUUGACUUCCAUCGUCGAUGUACUCAGGAGGGUCUAUGCUCAAAACAACUCUGUUGUGGCGAGAGCGUUCUGCUUGGUCCUCUCGCAGAUUCAGACACAAGGACUAAAUUCAUCCAGAUUGCUUGCUGCGAUGGCGCAAGCGGACCCUGCUGCAAGUAACAAAGCCAGAGCCGCACUAACUCCCGCCUCUUCAAUGCCGCCAGAUGAACGCGUUGGCCUUCCUUGCAUACGUGCCCAUGAGAGCCAACAAUCACACGGAACAGAUUCUCUUGUGUAUGAUUCUAGUAACCUGAACAGUGUACCUCCAGCACCACUGCACCAUGAACAGACUCCGCUGGAUGCACAGACUCAAUCACAAAAUUCACAGAUGCUGGAGAAUGAUAUGGACGACGCCUUCAUGGGCGGUAUUGAUGUUUUGCAGUGGUUCGGACAGGACUUGGCCUUUGAUGAUACCGCCGGGUAUGACUAUGACAAUCAACUCACGUCUCUGUAUUGGCAACAAUAA